AUGAAGAAAAUAUCACUCUCACUGGCAUUCGUUGGAACAGUUUUAAUCUCCUAGGCUCACGCCGAUAUCCUUUAAGGACGUGACCCUCUUCAAGAAAAUCUUAGGAGACAUAAUCUUAAAGAUGCUAGAUCAGGCCUCCAUUCUCAAUUACUAAAACCUGAAGACACAUUACAUCAAGAUCAUUGCGAGGAUUUGAAUUCAUUCAAUUCAUGGGACCACUAAGGAGUUGAAGGCCAACAUAGAGAAGAUUGCGACUGCAGAAUCGAUGAUUGGGGUUGUGAAUCACACAGCUCUCACAAACCUGGGCAAAGACAUAUCGAGGAGCACAGAGCCUCCGUCUCAGCCACAAUCAUUCCAGUCCAGACUCUUACAACUAAUGUAACUCAGAACAUAACUGCUGAUGUCUGCAGCACCUCAAUCGGAAAGAGAUCUAGAUACGACUAAAAAGAAUUCUAGGUCGAAGGAAGACUUAAGGAAAGCUCUUAUGAUGUCUAACAAGAAUGCAACACAGAAGGUACAUGCUUUAACUAAACUGGUUAUGCUAGAGAUAACUACUGGGAUAUUGAUCAUGAUCACGAUGUUGAGUGCGAUUGUCACGGCAUCAGUGGAAGAGACUUCCUUGGAUUUGAUAAUUCUUGCGGUUGCAACGUUAAAGAUAUUGUUGAGGAUCCAGACAAAGAUAUCGAAAAGAGAGUAACCAAGACUGUGGAGAAGACUAUUUCUCAAAUGUUGAGCGAGAUCAUUAACAGAUGCAUCUCUGAAAGCAUCGAAGAUAUCAUCAGAUGGGAUUGA